CAUCAUGAUGCUGGGAAAGAGACUUAAGAGACUGCUGGGUGACAAGCGAGCGCAAGAAGAGGCUCCAGCAAUCAUGUGCUCAGAAGACACAGUCCUCCGGUCGUCUCUGCGCUCGUCCCUUAAAAAGACACCUCUGCCAGAAGCCGUGGAUACACAAGACACCAUCAAACAGUUUUUAUCCGAUCGGAUCCUAAAGGCUGCACGGGUGGUUUACAGCACUCUGAUGGAGCGUAACCCAGGCCUGAUAAGAGACAGAAAACACCAUCUUAAGACCUACAGACAGUGCUGCAGUGGGAAGGAUCUUGUGGAUUGGCUAAUGAAACUCAAUGAUUGCUUCCAGUCCCGGAGUCAGGCAGUCGGAAUGUGGCAAGUUUUGGUGGACGAGGGCAUUCUGAGUCAUGUGAAACAGGAGUUAAACUUCCAUGACAAAGACACACAGUUUUACCGCUUCAUGGAGGCAGAGUUUGACCUUAAUCACACAACUAACGAUAAAGACUCCAAAGAUGAAGAACUCCAAGAGAGUUUAUCGCUCCUGAUCCAGAUGGGUCCGGAUGCUCUUCUGACUAUGAUACUGCGUAAAUGCCCAAGCCAGAGAACUCCAGAGGACCUGGAAGUUAUUUAUGAAGAACUUCUGCACGUCAAAGCUGUGGCCCACUUGUCUACAUCUGUUCGGAAGGAGCUGGCAGCAGUGCUGGUUUUUGAAAGCCAUGCCAAGGCGGGAACAGUCUUAUUCAGUCAGGGGGACAAAGGGACUUCCUGGUACAUCAUCUGGAGAGGCUCUGUUAAUGUCAUCACACACGGCAAGGGCUUGGUGACCACACUUCAUGAGGGAGAAGACUUUGGGCAGCUGGCCUUGGUGAAUGAUGCCCCUCGUUCUGCCACCAUCAUCCUGAGAGAGGACAACUGCCACUUCCUGCGGGUGGACAAGCAGGACUUUAUACGUAUCCUAAAGGAUGUUGAGGCCAACACCGUCCGCCUGGAGGAACACGGUAAAGUCGUUCUGGUUCUUGAGAAGAGCUCGGCGCAGGAGUCCGCCUAUCAGGGAGGAUCAGCAAGCAGCAACAAGUACACAGUAAUGUCAGGAACGCCAGAGAAGGUCCUAGAACACAUGCUGGAGACGAUUAAACUGGAAACCAAUGGCACUGAUUUUAUAGAUCCCAGUGUGACUGACUUCCUCUUAACACAUCCAGUCUUCAUGCCCUACAGCCAGCUCUGUGCAGCCCUCCAGCAUCACUACCAAGCGGAGCCAUCAGAAGGUACAGACCUGGAGAAGGCAGCGUAUGCUCUCAACACCAAGCAGAAGGUUGUGAAACUGGUGGCUCACUGGGUGGCUCUGUACGGUCUGUUACUGAGGGACAAUCCUGUGGCCUCUGAAUUCCUGGAGAAAUUCAGGGAAGGGGUGAUGUCUGACUCGAGACUUUCCAACAUGCUCAAAGAACAGCUGAGGGACAGAAGAAAGACAAAAAUCUCUAAAAUAUCCAAUGUGGUCAUCUGUUUGUUUCAGCUGAACCAAAAGUUUGAUUGGUUUUCUGCUCACGAAGAGCCGGUGGGGAAAUUACGGUCGAUUAAAGCUCAAGAUAAAGUCUUAUAUGAGAUCUUUAAACCGGAUCAUAAGGCUGUCACUGUGAUGCUGUCGGUCGAUGCUUCAGUGAACGACAUCUUGACUACAUUAGUGGAUCCUGAGAGAGACUAUGUGCUGGUCAAGAUGAAUUCCUCAGGAGACAGGGUCCAGCUCAAGUUGGAGACCACGGCGGUCUCUGCCUCUUUAGGAGUGAAUGAGAAGCUUUUCCUCUGCUCUGCCAGCCAAGUGGAACAACUGACACCGGUGAAAGAGCAGCUGGGGCCAGAGAAGAGCAGCAUGGACACUCUGGAGCAGAUGUGCUCCAAGGACAUGGCCAGCCAGCACACCAGCUACGACUGGGAGCUCUUCAUGGUCAUGCAUGAGGUAACAGCCAAACCAGCACACAGAUUGGUCACUGGCACAUGUGCACAACUGUUUCAUUACAGGACACAAACGUCACAGGAUGUGAUCAGUCAUGUGUGCAGCGUAUCUGUUCGAGAAUCAAACAUGUCAGGGAAAUAUUUUACAGCCGAGCUGUCUGAAUCGCACGCCUGGCUCACACCUGCUGGUCUUAAAGAGCAGAAGAACCUGAAUUCAUUUUUCGCAGUGAUGUUUGGGCUCAGUAACAGCGCUGUACAGAGGCUCAAUAAAACUUGGGAGAGACUUCCAAACAAAACCAAGAGGAUCUACUGUGCAUAUGAAAGACUGAUGGAUCCAUCCCGUAACCACAGGGCCUACAGACUGACUGUAGCCAAACUCAGCCCUCCAUACAUUCCCUUCAUGCCUCUACUGCUUAAAGAUAUGACAUUUAUCCAUGAGGGAAACAAGAACUACACUGAUAAACUGGUCAACUUUGAGAAAAUGCGCAUGAUUGCCAGAACAGUGAAGACAGUUCGAGAGUGUCGAAGUCAACCUUACGUGCCUUCAUCUCCACAGAAAGGCUUGACCGAGAGAAUGUUCUUGGAUGCACAAGCUAUCCGACUAUCAACAUAUUCAGACCAGUCCCUGACCCUGCGCAAUGCAGCCAACAUAAGACAGUACAUCCAGAACCUCAAAGUGAUCGACAAUCAGAAGAAACUAACUCAGCUCUCCAGAGCCAUAGAGCGCUGAGACGCCGCAAAACUGCCUUUCUUUAGCCCGUCCUGCUCCAUAUUGGAGAACAAAAGCGACUGAUGGAAUCCAUGAUCACCCUAUGUGUGGUUAAUUGGUGUAAAUUCUCACAAACGUCGUCAGUCAGUGCUGCGUGGACUGUGCAAAGCCGAGCAUUGGCUGGGAAAACGCUGACAAGUGACAAUUUCCUUUUGAUGCCUAAUCAGAAGUGUUCUGAUCUGACUGCUGUGACUAAUAUGUGCCGUAUCUGACACACUACACCAUGAGCAAAGAAUUUCACUUUAGUGCUGCUGGCAUUAACUCUUAUUUAUAAAAAAUGUAUACCUUGGCAAUGUUGAUUCUGAUUACAGUUCUGUAUCACUUCGCCACGUUGUUUCUGAACUAGCAACGCUGGCUUGGGCUGCUUUUAGAAGCAUGAUGUUGUGAAAUGAAGUCAUUUUAGAACAAUGUCUCCGUAAAUAAACAUUAUAUAGACAUUUUGACUGACAGCUGAGUUUGAACCAUUGAAUUAUUGAAAAUGAAUGCACAUAGAUGCAGUGAUUUUCAGUAAAUCUACGGUCUGUCAGCACUUAUUCCUUAUUCAACAGUAUUGUGGCCUGCUUUGAAUAUUAACCUUUGAAUUUCAUUGUGAGCAAGCACUGGAGGACAACUGAUUGUACAGAUUAUUACUAGCUGCUGUAUAUAAAAGCUGAAUACCACUAGGCUAAAGCAGUACUAUGAAGAGAGCACAGUUUUGUAGAAAUGAUAUAUAAAAGUAUAUAUCUUAUGCAUUUUUCUUAAUGAAGUGUUUAUUUUUAUAUAAAUAAAUUAUUGAACA